AUGACCUCCCGAACGUUGAACUGGUCUCGAACGGCCAAAUCCUCAUUGGUCAACCAACAUCUCGUUCGUCCUACUGACCCCAUUGCGGCGCGAUCGGCACAGGCGCGGAAUGUCCGAGCCCAGCAAAUCGCCGAGUUCUCGGGCAGCAGCGAAAGCCAAGAUCGCCUCGGCCACCGCGCAAAGGAGAAAUUGCUUGAUCGGGAAUUCUUUCUCAGCCUCCUGAACUCCGCAUCGACUAAGCGUGAAGCUAAGUCGUACCUAGCUCGGCUAAAGGCCAGCCCCGCCAAAUCGAGCCAAGAAUCUACCGAGUCACCGAAGGAAUCCAUAUCAGCAUCUCUGCCUUCCGGUGUCAAUUUGGGCUCGUUCUACGGUGCUUCCAGGGCGGUGUACGACAGUCCUGUCUUCCGGCAAGAUACAACUCCCGCUCCGCGCGCGCAGGAUAUACCCGAAAGGCUGCACUUGGCCCUGAUCAAAAUCGCCACGCCACAAUUGCUCGAUGAUUUCGUGAUUAAUGGAGUGGCUAAGACCUUGUCGCAGCUCGUCCGCCUGGGCAUGGCAUGCUGCGUGGUUGUCGAUCCCGGAAAGAUGGACGGCCCUGCCGGGCGACAAACAGCCAUUGAGCAGGCAAAUCGGAUAUCGGCGGCAGUUGAUGAGCAGCCGGACUCAAAAUCCUUUAGACUAGACUCGGUGUUAUCUAUAUCUGAGCGGGGGUCUGGUCCACCCACGGUGCUAUCUCGAAAAGUGCUCUUGAGCGCCCUGAGGGAUGGCCAUGUGGUACUUGUUCCGCCGAUCGCCUAUACGGAGGAAAACCCACGAGCUGUCACAGUUUCAGCUAACGAUGCGGCCCUUGCACUGACGAAAGAAUUUGCGGGGUUGUCAUUAAAUCCAGACCCGGACGAAGAUCCAGCAGUCACUGUCGAGAGAAUCAGUACUCUACAAAGGGAGGUCUCACUGGACCGUGUCAUUGUUCUCGAUGCGCUUGGAGGCAUCCCGGCUUUCAAAGGCCCUCAAUCAUCACACGUUUUCAUCAACAUGGAGCAAGAGUUUGAUCAAAUUAAGGAUGAGCUUUUCCAGGCACGAAACUCUGUCUCUGGAAACAAUGAUUCCUUAAAACAGGUAUCCACCGAAGCCACUUAUCCCAUCUUGGAAAGCAAUCCGGUCUCAAAAUUUGUCAAUCGUGAGCUUGUCUCACCUGGGCAACCUACCGCGUCCGUCCAGUCACCCGGUGCCAAGGUGAUGGAGGAGGUGCUAGAUGGCCAUUUAGAGAAUCUCCGAUUAGCCCAACAAGCAUUAGCCAUGCUACCAUCAGCAUCUUCAGGCAUCAUCACCUCCCCACAAGAAGUUUCUUAUUCAGCCCGUUCACCACAAGAGGCUGCUUCAGACCUGUCAGCGGUUGGAACCCGUCGGCAGCGCAACCCAUUGAUCCACCACCUCCUCACCGACAAGCCUCUACUAUCAUCCUCUCUACCCCCAGGUCGACGUGGUACUUCCAAUGGCGGCGGAUCCAGUUUAUUUAGUUCGAUUACCUCCCACACGACCUUCGUCAAACGUGGAAUGCCUCUCACAAUUCUCCCAAACCCCUACACAAAACCCUGGACAGCCCAGAUCCAACCACGACUGGGACUGAACGACCCUUCCAUCGACCUCCCCCGCCUCGUCACCCUAAUCGAAGACUCCUUUGACCGCAAACUCGACGUCCAAAACUACCUCGACCGAGUGAACAGCCGUAUUGCCGGUGUCAUCGUCGCCGGUGAGUACGAAGGCGGCGCAAUUCUGACAUGGGAAACGCCGCCAGGCGUACCAGACGACGGAAGCGAAGCCAGUGCCGCCCGCAUGGUGCCCUAUCUGGAUAAAUUCGCCGUGCUCAAGCGCAGCCAAGGCGCGGGCGGUGUUGCGGACGUUGUGUUCAACGCGAUGGUGCGCACAUGUUUCCCCGAUGGAGUCUGCUGGCGUAGUCGCAUAGACAACCCGGUUAAUAAAUGGUACUUUGAGCGGUCUUCGGGUACCUGGAAACUGGCAGAUAGCAACUGGGCUAUGUUCUGGACGACACCCGGGCUGGUGGAGGAUACUCAGCGCUUCCAGGAUUAUGAGGCUGUGUGUCGGUCCAUUCAGCCUAGUUGGGCUGAUAAGAAAAGUGUUAUCGACUGA